AUGGGAUUCAAACCCCAAGAGUUGGCCCACGAUGCAGCCUCCGUAGUCGUCCAGGAUGACGCUGGCGACAAGGCAAGCUGGCGACCUCUGCUUCGCCACGAAUGCUCGUUUUCGUCGGCUGUUUUUACAGACAUCAUGAUCAAUCUGAUCAAAAACCCAAACAUCAACUCUUCGUGGCUUUUCCGCGCCGAUAUUUUCCAUGACUCGAGCGGUAACGGCAUAGGUCCAAGACCGUCCGAACUAGGGGCCCUACCUAGCAUUCCCUCAUUUUCAGGCUUUGAACGCCAACGACGCAUUGUCCGGAGGCUUAUUCCGAGAAGCACCCAGAGAGAUAGGCCGCUGGAUCAGACCUGUUUGAUAUACGCAUCGCCGCCCACGGAACCCGCGGAAGCGCAGCCUGCUGCUGGCACGCACAGGACUCUAGUAGUAUACCUGCCGCACGUGUCCUCAAAGGCCGAGAUGCCUUUCUACCACCCAACCGUACGGGGCAUAGCAUUUCUCCAUGAAUGGGCCCCAGCCGAGUCUCAGGGGCAUAUCUCGAUUUCGUACUUUUUCUUUGACGGCAGCGAUCGUACUGCCGUCAAGCUCACGAGAACUGCCUUCCACUUACUCGAGGCUGUUUAUAAACAUGGCGAGGGCAGAGUCAAUGGGUACAAGAAAAGGGUACAGCAUGACGUGAUACUGCCCCAAGCUCGAGUACAAAACACGUACACGGCCCUCAAGCAAAAGUACGCCCGUGGUCUCAUAGCAAGCUGGGCCGAGACAACUGAUCCGGGGAAGCACGUCUUUGAGGACCUCAGCAUUGCUGCCUUCCUGAUCGAGCUCUGGGCCGAUAUGUACGGCCAAGCCGCUUUCCCCGGCUUUGUCGACAUUGGAUGCGGCAACGGUCUUCUUGUUUACCUUCUAAACCAAGAGGGCUUCAAGGGUUGGGGAUUCGAUGCCCGCUCCCGAAAGUCAUGGGCGACGUACAACACGAAACUGGAAACUCCCACAGCCUCUCAAGACUCUCUGCAGCAACUUGUAUUACUACCUCCCCCGGUUAGUAGAGAAGGCCUGGCUGAAGCCUCGAGCGAUGGGUUUUCCCCAGAGCUUACGCACGACGGUCGCUUCGCUAGCGGCACCUUCAUAAUAUCCAACCACGCGGACGAGCUGACUCCUUGGACCCCAAUCCUGGCUACGAUCUCGGACUGCCCCUUUAUCAUGAUCCCUUGCUGUAGCCACGACCUCGCCGGGAAGAGGUUUCGUGCCCCGCCGCCCAAGGACAAGUCCAAAUCGGAAUCCGCCUAUUCGUCGCUCGUCUCGUGGGUUUCGAUAAUUGCAACAGACUGCGGCUGGGAAGCCGAGAAGGAGAUGCUGCGAAUCCCGAGCACACGCAACACGGCGAUUCUGGGACGCAAGCGCUCGGGCGAGCCGUCUUCCGUUGAUAUUGAAGCCAUUGUACAUCGAUACGGAGGCACAGCGGGCUUUCUCGAAACUGUCAUCAAAUUGGCGAGAAAUUCAUCGGCAGGUCACUAG